UGCGCAUGCACACACACAACCUCGUGGUGCCAAAGAAUCACUUAUCCAAGAUGGCUACAGGUGGUGGUAUCCCCGGCUUGUUCGACUCUCAAUCCCAAGAGCCCAACCAUAGGGCCCCUCCUCAACCCCUACCCUCAACGGGCAGUGGCAGCGGGAACACACUAGAAGAGCUUAUGGCAGAGAAAGGUUCACUGGGCCCAAACUUUGCGCACUCACUCAGACUAUUGAAUGAAGAAAUUACCAACGUGAAGAGUUCAGGAAAGAACAUGGGGAAAGGGUAUUACAUGCGAAAUGGUAAUAGUCCUCAGGUGGAACGCAUCUAUGUACCUAUGGAGCUUCAAAAAGAACACAAUAUGGUGGGUCGCCUCCUGGGGCCUAAGGGCAUGACCUUAAAGGCUAUACAGACAGAGUCUCGCACCCGAAUAAGCAUCCUGGGUCGAGGGUCCAUCAAAGAUCGGAAGAGAGAAGAGGAGCUAAGGAAUUCAAACGAGCCCAUGUACGAGCACCUCAAGGAUGACCUCCACAUACAGAUAGAGGCCAUGCCUCCCUUUGCUAACAUGAAGCUAGCUGCUGGAGUGUCUGAGAUCGACAAAAUGCUUAUACCACCUGUACCUGGUCAACCGGACACACUGUUGGCCCGCUACCUUGAUCCACGUAUAAUUGAAGGUUAUUCGAAUGCCGGUGGUGGGCCACCGCGCAUGUCAACGCCAGGCUCUACCCAUCGUGGACGUGGUAGAGGCAGUCUCAUGCCCUCACCUGGUGGUCGGGGCAGGGGACGGGGUGGUCCCAGGAGAGGGGGACCUUCGUUUGACUCUUCCCGUGCUGGUGGGCGGGGUGGUGGCCGAGGGGGUCAUGGUCAGUCUGGAGGGGGGCGCUCCAUGGGCGACCCUUACAGUGAUGGUGGUGGUUGGAGAGAGCCCCGGGAAGAAGCAAGCCGGCUUCCUGCGGGAGAUGAUUUUGGACGUGAGAACAGAGAGCGGCCACCAUACAGAGAGGAGAGGCGGAGUGCUGACUUCGGGCGCGCCCCCUCUGAUGGCUACUCUGGUGAUCCUGAUCCCUACUACAGUUUUGCCGAUAAGCCGCCACCCAGAAGUGGCCAGUAUGGAGGACGAGAUAGUUUAGGAACUGUCGACUACCAUCAUGGCUCUAGCAGUGACUGGAAGUCCCCUCGUCCUAGCAGUCGCAGGGAGGGAGCUCGACACCACCCUUACUCUCAGGGCCCCUCCGCUGGACACUACUGAGCAGCUGAAACACAAACACAACAAUGCAGACAAAAUGAAACCAAGAAAAGUAAAACCCUGUCAAGACUCUAGCUGUGUCUUACUGUGAACAAACUCAAAAAAGCCCCCCAAAAAAUGUCUACUAUUCUAGUAAUGUCUAUUGAAACUUUGUAUGUUAUUCGCCACUCUUGAAAGUUAUUUAUCCCUAUAAUGUGUUUGUGUAGCUCUCACAAGACACAAAUAACUUAAUUAAAAACAGAAACGACACUUGUUGUCCGUUAAUAGUGCAUAAUAGUUUGUAUAUACGAUACCAUUUCAGUUUCAUUCGUUUUGCAAAUAAAUAUUAAUUUGUA